GGAAGGAACUCUCUCCUACUACAUCUCAUCAUGGUCCUAUGAUGAAGGGCGCCUGUGGCAUGGUUACACUACAUAUUAAUGACGAGGACUAUCUUGCAGUAAUUGGAGGAUGGGGUCCGCUUCAUAAUAACACCCCACCACAACCUGGUGCCAAGUACAGUGGAACCCAUGUUCAAUAUUGCAAUGAAGUACAUAUGUACAGAUUAAAAACUGGUAAAUGGAUUUCCCCAAUUGUUACUGGAGACAGACCACCUCCUAUUUCUUCCUUCACUUUAACAUCAAUAACUAAUGCCACUGCUAUAUUGUUUGGUGGUAGUACUGAUGAAGACAGUGUCAGUAAUGAUGUAUAUAUAUUUGAAUUUGCCAAUACAUCAGUGAAAUGUAAAAAGUUUUCUAAUCCUGGAGGAUCACUCAGGACCACACCUACUAGUAGUGGGUGGAUAUCGUACCAGUGA